CACCACCACCACCACCACCCAAACAAAUCCUCUGCCCGCCUUCUCCUCCCCUCGCCCUUGGGCCAAACAUCUCUCGGCUCUCGCUCCAUCUCCUCUGGCUGCCCCCAACAACGCUCGACUGCAAGCAGCCGUGCUCAGUCGUCGCCACAACCACCUGUCCUCUUCCUCCAACACAAACCCAGAGCCCAAGAAAACACCAUGACGUCAGAGGCAACCCUUGAAGUUGUCGAUGAGGGAGGCCACCAGGGCCCGCUCAUCGCUACCAAGAAGGAGCUCCAAGCUUGGUAUUGGUUCGGCUGGGCGAGCGAGGGCUACUACGCUCUGGGUGUUGCAGCCCUGACUCCCUUGAUCAUCCGCGGCCUUGCCUCCGAGAACGGCUACGACAACAACAAUCUGUCUCAGCCAUGCAACAUCACCGUGGCCGACUAUUCCUGCUCCGUCAAGAUCGGCUCGAGCUACAUCAACACCGACUCGUACUACUUUUAUGCCAACACCAUCACCACCUUUAUCCAGUUCAUCCUAUUCAUGGGCUUUGGUGCCCUGGCUGACCAUGGGGAGCGCCGCAAGUCUCUCAUGCUGUUCUUCUCCACGAUCUCGGCCAUCCUUGGUCUGGGCUUCUUGGUUGUCGUCAAGGCCUCUCUGUACUGGCUUGCUACACUCUUUUACAUGUUCGGUGUGAUGUUCUUCAACGGCUCGUAUGUGCUGUUCUACUCGUUCGUGCCCGUCCUGGCGAAGCACCAUCCCCAGGUGGUCGAGGCAAAGGCCUCGAACAUGAGCGCUGACGAAAUAUCCAAAGUCGAGGACAAGGUCACCAACAUCAUCAGUGGAAACGGCCUGGCUUGGGGCUACGCUGCCGCCGUCAUCAACUUGAUCAUCGGCAUUGCGGUGCUCGUGGCAUUUGCCUUCCUGGGCACCAACCUCACCCUUCCCACGUCCACUUACGCGAUGCAAGUUGUCAUGGCCAUUCCUUCGAUUUGGUGGCUCUGCUUCCAGAUUCUUCCCAUGCGCAACCUCCCCGCUCGCCCCGGAAGCCCUCUGCCUGAGGGUACCAACAAGUGGACCUACUCGUACAAGAAGAUCUUCAAGACCAUUUCCAGGGCUCGCAGGCUUCCGGUUCUGUCCUGGUUCUUGUUGGGCUGGUUCAUCUACUCGGAUGCCUUCAACACCACGAUUUCGGUUGCGGUGCUCUUUGCACAAGACGUGAUCCAUCUUGCGUCGUUUGAAAUCCUGAUCAUCGCCACGAUCAUCCCGUGCUCCGCAUUCAUCGGCAUCUACUUCUGGCUCUGGAUCAAGAGCGUCACUGGCCUCACGACCUCCAAGAUGCUUGUGCUGCAGGCCUGUCUGUACGCCCUUCUGCCAGCCUAUGGACUGAUCGGGAUCUUUUCGACCACGAUCGGCCUCCGCAACCGCUGGGAGGCGUACAUGUUUGGUGUCUAUCAUGGCCUACUUCUCGGCAGCACUCAGAGUUUCUGCCGAUCCAUCUAUUCGGAGAUUGUGCCCCCUGGUCGCGAAGCCGAGUUCUUCUCGCUCUACAACAUCACCGACAAGGGUUCCGCAUGGGUUGGCCCCCUUGUUGUUGCUGCCAUCAUCCAAGGCACGGGCAUCCGUUACAACUCAAUGUACUUCCUGCUUGUGUCCUUCCUCGUGCCCAUCAUCGUCUUUGCGACGCUGAAUAUCGAGAAGGGUAAGAAGGAGGCUCUGGCCUUCGUGGAGUCCGAGAAGGCCGAGGCGGCCGAGCACUGAGCCACCGUUUCUGUUGUCGCCGGUGUGCCAUAAAUACGGCGGCAUUUGUCGGGCUGUGCGGUCCAGUCUCCCCUCACUCCAUUCUUUAUGCUGCCACCGUUGUUCCUUUGGCGUAUUUCUCUUGCCUCAGCGCCAGCCCAUGUCCCUUCUCCCGUUGCUGGCUUUGCAUCUUUGGUUUACUCGAAUUGCUGCUGUGCUCAAAUAGACAUUACCUCGAUUGUG